AUGAAAGCCAGGGACCCGUCGCUGAAGAGCCAAAUCGAAAAGGAGUCCAUCGCUCUGUUUAAGAAAAACUUGCUCAAGGAAAGCUACAGUUGGUUCAAAGACACAGACUACUUUGAAAAGCUGAAGAGUGAGAACAAGUACAGCAAUGCUGAGAACGAGCACGAGACGAAAAAUGUGGUAACGGGUCGUGUGCAACUCGGUUGGGGUGGGACAUUUUUCCUGCUCUGUUGUGUCGUCGUCAUAUGUGAUAACUCAGGAUGGCAGUCAUGCAAUCACUACAAUAAUAGUAUUUUUUACUCCCCAGAAGCAUUAACGGUGGUGUAUUCGAUUCUCUUCAUAGUGUAUGCAUUUCCCUUGUUUAUCUUACACCAAUGUUUGGGGUUGCUAUCUCAAGGGAAUUAUGUAAAGUCGUGCAGAAUGCUGUCAUCCCACAUGGGGGUGUUGUCCAUCUUUUCCCUCUUCGGAACAGUAACCUUCUGUGCGAAGGAGAUAUGCAAUUUUUCAGUGGAGCUUUUACAAAACGUAUUGCGAAUUGUUCACAUGAAACAGGGAGAAAAGAAGUACGGAAUGACGAAAGUUUUUAUCGACUUAACGAAAAGACAAAGUGAGGAUUGUUCUCUAAUGCCAGACACAAUUUACCUGGAAUCGAUCAAACAGUGCAUAUCCUUUAAUAAAAAUGUGAUGGUCAAUUUUUAUGAAAAUUUAUGGUUUAUUGGAAAUAAGGAGAAUUACAUAUACAUCAUUUUAAUAGCCACGAUUUUUAUCCUCUUCUGUUACUUCAUCUUGUUACGGGAAAAUUUCCGAGUCUUUAAAUUUUUCAUUUUUGUGAUUAUCGUAAACUGGAUAAGUAGCAAGUCCGUCGUCAUAAUGAACACCUUCUUCUUCUACAUUCCUCAGGAGAUAAAAUUGUAUGAAGAGGUCUUCCAAAUAUUCGAAGAAAUUGGUAUAGUAAAAUUGACGAUCUUUUUGUAUGGUACCAUAGCUAGAAGUUCGUCCAUUUUUAUCCUCAGUACCUUUGCUUCUUACUUUCACACGAACACAAAUAUUCUGAGAAUCACCAUGUAUACUUUUGCCUUCUACAUUCUGAACAUGUAUUUUUACCUGAAGAAUGAGGCCCAUGAGUACUACCUCUAUAAUAGCAACAAGAAUUUUGUCACCAUGAAGGAGUUCAAUUUUAUUAAGUGCAACACCUACAUUAAUUUGUUACGCGGGUUGGCACCGGGUCAGGAGGGAGGAGCAGCAGGUGGUGCCUCUUACUAUGAUGAGGCCACCCAUUUUGAACAAACAAUGGACGAUAGGUAUGCCGUGUGGCAGAAGCUGUGCCUCUUCUUCAGUUCCUACUCCUUUUUGUUUUCCACCAUAUUUAUUGUGCUCAUGCAGUUGUUGGGUCCAUUCAACAUUCUGAUGGAAAAGGGAAAAAGUCAUUCCCACGGUGAGGGAGAAAAUAGCAAUGAAGAACGAGAGAGGAAAAUUUACACCUACAAAUCGCUAGUUAAACGUUACGAGCGUGACCGUAUCAACCGCUCCGUCUCAAAUAAUAGGUCUUCCUUUGUGUCCAAAAGGGGACGGAGCACCACGUGCAGUGAUAAAUCCACGGGGAGGAGAAACCCCAAUGGGGUAACCCACAUAGGCAGAAAAAACAGUCAUAAGAAGAAGAAAAAAAAAAACUUUCUUUUGAAUUUUUUUUUUAAAGGGAAGAAAGUUAACCCCGGGAAGGACAACAAGGAAUCCUCCCUCUACCUGUCCGGGAAAAGCAGCUUCCUGCCAGAAAAGGGAGAUUACUUCCAAGAGCAUUCUGCACUUUCCAACCUGCACAACGGGGGGGAAGGCCAACAUGAUAUGCCUUCCUACAAAUCCUUCGAUCGAGAUCCAGGCGAUUUCAACUUUGGAGGAAGCUCCUUCGAAGAUCACAUGGAUGUUGCAGAUAUGGCGGGGGAAGACCUCCACGGGAAGGUGACAAAUCGACGGCGAAGGCAAAGCAGUACCAGUGCAACACACAGAAGAAACAGUAGUAGUAAUAACAUGUACCCAGAUAGUGAUGAGCCCCCUUCGUGGGGUGCCAGCAGACGGGCUUUAUUCUCCGAUUCGAGUGGUCCAAGUGUGGCUUCCACCGAAGGGGCGGAGGGCAGAUCAAGAAAGAGCAGCUCGGCAAAGAGUAGCACUAGUACAAGUAUCCCCAAGCAGAAGAGUGCCCCGCACAAAGUAAUAGCAGCACGAAUCACACGAAUGAAAAACUUAGUGAUCAAUAAGUAUGGCACCUUCCUCCUCUUCACAGUCAUAUAUAUCCUAACAAUUUUUCACGUCAUAGACUUCCAAAGGAACAACGAUAUCGUUAGUGAGAUUAUUUUAAAUUCCCUCUACAGGGGGUUCCUCAUUUUUAUCUGUGCUGUCCAAGUGAUCUAUGCGUCAUGGGUAUUUGGCAUGAAGCUGCAAAUGGCUCAGUGUGGAGUUUUUUCGUGCCUUUUAAAUUUUCUCUCCUGGGUUGUUGUACUACCGUUGGUUUUUGUAUUUUACUUGAGGGAGGGCACUUGGUGGCAGGUGUUCCUCAUCGGGUUGUCACUGAACGUGCUUGCGGUGGUUACUUCCUUCGUGGAGGUCACAGUUAAGCUGAGCAGGGAAGGAGCAUCUACAUCUAGCAUCUGGGUGAACUUAGCCGAUGAGCGAAUCAGCGCAACGCAUCAACAGCACUACAGGUAUAGAGCCCUUUUUAAAAAAUGCCUCUACUGGCUAUACAUAGGAAACUUGGAGGUGCUAAGAAGGAACAUGAAUAUAGCCAUGUCGGGGAACGAUGAAAAGUACAUCCCCCUCUUUUGGAGUUUUUUUCUCAAGUAUAUAAACUCCUCUAUGCUGAUCGUGGCAGUUAUAUACAACACGCGUGAGUACUUUUUUGAUAUGCUGCCCAUGUUUGGCUGCUCUUUCAGCCUUCGAAUUGAGUUAAUUGCCAUCGUGCUGAUUUUCCUGGGGUCCUUCGCCGUUCUGGCGAACAACCUCCGCAAGGACCACUACCGGCCCCAAGGCAUCAUCAUACCGUCCGUCCCGAUGUUCUGUCAAGACAAGAGCAGGUACAUCUUUUCGAGUUGA